UUAGCAUUCGGUGCCCGCUAAAUUUUAGAGCGGCAUUGUAAUGUGAUUUAAAAGUUGAAUUGACAUAGUGAUCAUUUAAAAAUAUAGUGGAAUAUGGAAGAAUUUCCAUUAGGUUACCGAGAAGUUGUACCGGAUCAGACAGUAUCGGAAAAAUGGAAUGUAAUCACGUUAAACACAGGAGGAAGUCAAAGUACAUUAGAGGAUAUAAAAGUGCCAGAAAGAACUGGUGGAUAUUCCUAUAAGGAUUGCUCAAAAUUUUUUACUCGCAAUCGUUUUAUUUAUUGGCGCAUUUCACACAAUCUACUUGAAUUAGUUGAACACAGUUUAGAUAUUAAUUUGGCUAAUUGUAGAGUAACAUACAAAUUUACUGAUGCACCAAUUUUGGAUGGUAUUUCAAUACACGAAACAGCUAAUACAGUUAUUAUAUUAAUAGUAACUGUUUCUAGUGUUCAUAAACUAACGUUUCCUCAUCCUGAAAGAAUUUAUAAAAAUGAACAUUCGCUAAGUACAUACAAGGAUCUGGGUGUACAAUCAAUAUUCAAUGAUGCAUCUGCACCAAAUGUGAAUAAAACAAAAGAGGAACCUCAUAUGUUUCAUGUAAUUACAAAUGCAGGAACUACAAAUUCUCCAGUGCCUCAUGCAGCUGCAUCAUGGUUUAUACCACCCCAAGAAGCAUUAUUUGCUCUUGCUUAUAAUUCGGGAACUAUACUUCUCUUGAGAUUAGAUAUUAAGACUGGUCUAGUACAUACUAUCGAAUUAAAGCAAGAUUCAAUUGUGCCAAGAUUUCUCAGUGGCAUAGCAACUGCUUUUAGAGGUCGUAAUUCUGAAGCUCAUGUGGCUAUGUCCUUAGUAAUACAUAAUUGCGGAAGUGAUACGUAUUUGUUCGCUUUGUGUCGCGAGGGUAAUAUUCGUAUGUGGUCCUGUAAUAAAACUCAAUGCAUAGCUGUGACUGAUGCAGCGAUUGAUAAUCGUAUUGCAUCUCAGGGUGCACAGGGUCAUAUGAUGAGAAAAGCAUUAGGUCCUGAUAAUGUAUUAUAUUUGGGGAUAUAUUUAAAAUUUAGUACUAGGUGCGAAUUUUGUAUUUUAAAACCAGUUCAAAAUAAUGGCAUAUUUAAAUUCGAGAGAUUAUAUACAAGAUUUGCACAAGAUCAACAUUUAGUCGACUUUUCUUUCACAACUACUCGAUUGUGGGCUGUAUGGAGAACUACUGAUAUGGAUACCGUUGAAGUAACACACGCACAAAUAUCCUUAAGUGGUGCACGCGUUAAUUCUGAAUGGGAAACAACGAUUCUAGAGCAAACACCAGACAGAGACAACAUUCUCAGUGAUCUCGACAUUAACCCUAGACGUACAUAUAUUAAUUACAUUUUUCAUCCUGGGCAAUUUUCGUUGGCCGAUAUCACAAAGGCAUUGAAUAUCUAUAGGAGGCCCAAAAAAUUUGUCAGGAAGACUUACAAGAAGAACUUUACUGGUCAAAGGAGCAUAAAAAACAAAAUUUUUUCUGCCGAUGAAUUAAAAACACGUAUAUGUAUUGAAGUGGAAGCUAUGAUACAAGCUGAAGUUACGGAUUAUGAGCUUAUGGAUGAAGAUUACUUGAAAAUUGCCAAUCGCUGUUGGUCUAAAUUUUAUUCCUGUGUCAUACAGUAUCAUGCCAAUAGCACCAGACCUGUAGGACUCUUAUUACUACCAAGCGUUUACGGAGUGAUUCUACUUAAAAAAUCUUCAUUCUCGCUUUUAAGACCAAUGGAAGCUUUAGAAUAUUUGAUGUUCUGCAAUGAAAAAUCGUAUGUGUCUCGGUUCAAAACUACACCCGUUUUAUCACAAGACGAAGAUAUAUGUCAAGACCUCAUUACGCUGAUGUCGGUAUUAGUAUUGUUAGAAGAACAAUUGUCCGAGGAAACUAAAAUGGUGAUAAAAAAAGAAUUAUAUCAUUUAAAAAGUCCAGACACCAUUAUUGAUGAAUUAUUGUCGAAAUUGAUGCUAGAGUCAGAAGAACCUAUUAGUAAUUUUAUUACGCAUCAUCCAAGUUGCCACAGAUUGUCAAAUAUUAGAGAUAUAUCCAGUGCCAUAGCAAUGUUGUUGGAAGCAUUAACGUAUGAUCUUGGCCAACCAAAUAAGUUACAGCUCAAUGAAGAUCAUGAUGCUUCAAAAAUGUUACUUAACAUAAAUCACUUUUUUGGUAGUCAAUUGGGAAUCUCGGCAAUAUCGAAGAGUGUUGCCCAAAUAACGCAGUUGAGAUUUUCAAUCUGUAGAAAUCUUUUAAUUUUACAACAAAUGAUACUCUUACGACCAGAGUUGUUUGAUUCGCGGUCAUUACAUUCCAUAAAAUCAUCAUUAGCACCCAGAACAGUAGUAUUAACGCAAGCUUAUUAUGUUGUAACAUGGAUAUGCGAGUCCACGGCACUACCAACACUUGCGCAAUCGUUGCUAGACUCCAGUAUUCGAUGUCUAACGUUGUUGAAACUCGUUGAUUCGAGAACAAACGUGGGAUUCAGGCACCAUCGAUCAUUGUCGUUGUUAGAAUUAUUUAUACAAAGUAACGGUGCGAAACAUGCUCACAAUUUGAUGGUUCAUACAAAUUUGGAUGCAACUACUCUGAUACCGUGGCAUUUCGGUAUGCUAACACAUGUUACCCUCAUCGCACAACUUAUAUGGCCAAGAUCUGGAAACUUUAUUUUCCCCAAAUGGUUAUUAUCUAGUUGCCAAUUCUUAGUCGUUCAAGAAUAUGUGAGACUUUUGAACACAUGGUGCGAAUGGAACAGCGCGUCAAGGAAGUUUAUAUUGGCAGUUGCGUUGCUUGAAAUGGGAGAAGCGCAAAAAGCUUGUGAUCAUUUCCUACGAGCUUCUGGGGGAAUUUUGACUGAUCCAUUUCUAAUUGACACCUUACUCAAGUCUAACGAACCAUUGGAUAGUAAUCCGUUAAUUCAAUACUAUCUAAAAGUCAUCAAACUGUUUGAGGAAUAUAAUGCUGCUGAUUGUAUUAUAGAACUCGCUGAAACAGCUAUAUUAAUGGCUGACAAAAACGAUCCUAAUUUACCAACACUCCAUUCUAUAGUGUUUACACAAUAUUUGAACCUGGGUCACCACACCAAGGCUUACAACUGUCUAAAUUCGAACCCAGAUACUGCACGUAGAGUGGAUUGUUUAAGACAAUUAGUAGUAACUUUAUUCGAGAGAAAAAAGUUGAUAGAUUUAAUUUCAUUUCCAUAUGUGGAUAUGUACGAAGAUCUUGAAAGAAUAGUAGAGGGUAGAGCCCGGAGCAUGGAUCUCAUGGAAAAUAAUUAUUAUAAUUUUUUGUACAGUUUUCACAUAAAUAAAGGAAACAUGCGUAAAGCUGCUUCUGUAAUGUAUGAACAAGCUAUGCGUUUAAGCCAGGAAUCGCAAUCUGUUCCUAUUGUAUCAAGGCAAGCUCACUGUUUAUUAGCGUGCAUUAAUGCAUUGCACCUUGUAUCAGAUAAAUAUAGAUGGAUUGUUAGACCUGUUAUCGAUGAAAAUUAUCCAGAGGAACUAAAGUAUCAAGGCCCACAAACAAGAAGUGGCACUUGCAAAAUAAAGAAGCAGGUCGAAGUUCUUGAAUUAAGCGACAUAAAGAAGGAAUAUUAUGUAGUAGACGCCAGAUUGAAAAUAUCGAAAAUAAAUUCAGAAUUACACAUCGUCGCGCACGCUGGUCCCUCAGAACUGAUCAUUAUUUUGUCGACUAUUGGUUUAUACACGACAGCAUUACAUCUCUGUGAUCAAUUUAAAAUCAAUAAAAGUUCUGUACUUGAAAGUCUGACCUCGCAGUGUAUACGAUUAUGUCGGAGGGAAGAUUCAAAUGCUUGGGACUGGCUUAUUCAAAAUGACAUAUUUGACAUUGGCUUAUCUAAUACAAAUAUUACAAAUACUGCUUGGACAUUAUUGGAGCAUUUAACGUUAAAACACGAAAAAGACGGGUCUAGUGAAUUGCAUAAAGCGGUUUCCAAAAAGUUACUUCAAGAAGGAGCAUUUAUACCUCAAUGGUUAUUAAUGUCGUAUAAGAAACGAAAUGCUGCGGAGCUUCUCCGUCUCAUGUUAAACACCGGUAGAAUAUUAGAAGCUGGCAAUUUAGCAGUUGAAUACAUUAAUGCAGUUUUAGGCACUGGUAAAGAACAUUUUGGACUUGAAACAUAUUUGACAUCCGUAGCUCCAGCAGUUUGGUUACCAUUCAAUACAUUAGAAGUACUUUUGUAUGAAUUGAAAGAAACUAGUACUAGCACAAACAAUAAAAUUUUUUCUGAGGGUUACCAAAAGUUGCAAGAAGCAUUAAAUGCCUAUGAACAGAAAGUAAUAAGGGUAUCAGAGGAUAUGAUUAAAAUAAAAUUAAAUAACAAGAAACGCUAGCAGUAAGUGAUGCUGUUGUAUUAAUAAACAUUAUAUUAAAGUUAUACAUUUGACACAAAAAUAUUUUCUUUUAUCACUAUAAAAAAGAAGUAUAUAUGUUAUAAGAACAUUUAAUACGUAUGUACAUAUGUGUUCUUAUAUCAGUGAUAAUAGAAAAGAUAAAAUGAUGCAUUGUGUCCGUGAUAAUGACAUUAGAAUGUAUCAAGCAUAAAUUGGUUCAUAAUAGAUUGAUAACAAUGCCGCAAAUAUAAGAAUAAUACCAAAAAUUAACAUGACAAUCGCCACGACCAUUUGUGGACAUCUUUUGAACAAAACCUGAAAUUAUUAUGAAUUUAAAUUUAUAUCCCAAAAAAAAUAUUCUAUAACGAAUAUGUGAUAAUAAUAUUGCAAUUGUGAAUUUGCGAGAAAUUACCAUUAAAACAAGUACCAGGACAAGUAUGAAAAUUGUU